ACAGGUGGGCAGGUGCACUGGUCUGUAACGGAUUGGCUUGGCCUUACCCGCGAGGCUUUGCGGUGGCUGCUUGGCUUGGCGGUGGUCGUUUGGCUUGGCGUGGCAGUGAUCGCUUGGCUUGGCAUUUCUGGCUUGGCGGUCCUCCUUUCGCAGAUUGGAAACCGCGGUAUAUCCUGCUGGGCUCCUGGAGACACUGGCGUGGACAAGAGGGAUAGGAAGAAGAGGUAUGAGGAGGAACCCUGACACAUACUCAGAGUGAAAUGGGAGGCAAUCAGAUGGAUCUGAGCAGAAUGACAUCAUCUGACUUAUGUUUUAAGUAUGGCCACUGAGAUGUUGCUUUGGUUAAAGGAAGAACACAAAUAUCCUGCCAAAAGGUAUUCUGUUCAGUGCAAAAGGCCUGCAGAUAAAACAUCUAAUGAAAAGAACGAGGUCAAAAACCAAAUAUAUCCUGAGGCUGACUUUGCUGACUCAAUGGAGCCAUCUGAAAUAGCCUCAGAGGAUUGUGAAUUGUCUCACUCUGUUUAUGAGAAUUUUAUGUUGCUGAUUGAACAACUUAGAAUGGAGUAUAAAGAUUCUGCUAGCCUAUCAAGAAUCCAAGACACAUUUUGUUUGUGUGAACACUUACUGAAACUUAAGAAUAAUCACUGUGACCAACUUACAGUAAAACUUCAACUAAUGGAAAGUAUGGUCAGUGUACUACAAAAUGAGCUAUCUGAAACAAAAAAGACAAAAUUACAGUUAGAACUUCAAAAAAUUGAAUGGGAGAAAGAGCUGUGCGAUUUGAGACUUGCCUUAAAACAAGAAAAUGAGUAGAAAAGAAAUGCCGUUAUGUUGUAUAAUAAAGAUAGUGAACAGUUAAGAAUAAAAGAAGAGGAGUGUGGGAAAGUGGUUGAAACAAAGCAACAACUUAAAUGGAAUCUGAGAAGACUUGUUAAGGAAUUGAGGACAGUAAGAAAUAACUUGGAUCUGGUUGUGCAGGAGAGAAACGGUGCCCAGAAGCAACUUUCUGAAGAACAGGAUGCCAGAAUAUUACAAGAUCAGAUUCUGACGAGUAAACAAAAGGAACUAGAAAUGGCUCGAAAGAAAAUGAAUUCUGAGAUUUCUCAUAGGCAUCAGAAAGAAAAGGAUCUCUUUCAUGAAAAUUGCAUGUUGCAGGAAGAAAUUGCCUUGCUGAGACUGGAAAUAGAUACAAUAAAAAAUCAGAACAAGCAAAAGGAAAAGGAAUAUUUUGAGGACAUUGAGGUUGUGAAAGAAAAGAAUGAUAACCUUCAAAAAAUUAUAAAACAAAAUGAGGAAACAUUAACAGAAACAAUACUCCAGUACAGUGGGCAGCUGAACAAUCUGACAGCUGAGAACAAAAUACUCAAUUCUGAACUGGAGAAUGGGAAACAGAACCAAGAAAGACUAGAAAUAGAAAUGGAAUCAUACCGUUGUAGACUGGCUGCUGCUGUACGUGACUGUGAUCAAAGUCAGACAGCAAGAGACCUAAAACUUGAUUUCCAGAGAACAAGACAAGAGUGGGUUCGUUUACAUGACAAAAUGAAGGUUGAUAUGUCUGGCCUACAAGCUAAGAAUGAGAUUCUUUCUGAAAAACUUUCUAAUGCUGAAAGUAAAAUUAACAGCCUACAAAUUCAGCUCCAUAACACAAGAGAUGCUCUUGGAAGAGAGAGUUUGAUUUUGGAACGUGUGCAAAGAGACCUCAGCCAGACACAGUGUCAGAAGAAAGAAACUGAACAAAUGUACCAAAUUGCACAAAGCAAACUGAAGAAAUACAUUGCCAAGCAGGAAUCUGUAGAGGAGAGAUUAUCUCAACUACACAGUGAAAAUAUGUUGCUUCGACAGCAACUGGAUGAUGCUCACAAGAAAGCUAACAGUCAGGAAAAGACAAGCAGUACUAUCCAAGACCAGUUUCAUUCUGCUGCCAAAAAUCUUCAAGCUGAGAGUGAAAAGCAGAUUCUUUCACUACAAGAGAAGAACAAGGAGCUGAUGGAUGAAUAUAAUCAUUUAAAAGAAAGAAUGGAUCAAUGUGAGAAAGAGAAAGCAGGAAGAAAAGUAGUUAUGAAAGAAUUCCAACAAGAAUGGACCGAUCUCCUAAAACAACAACCUAUGUCAGAGGCUACCUCACGUUGUCACAUUAGUUUAGAUGAGACACAGGAUUCAAAGAAGAAAUUGGGUCAAAUCAGAAGUGAAAUUGACCUUACAGAAGCACAGGAAACUGUUCCUUCACGAUGUCUACAUCUGGAUGCAGAGAAUGAAGUUCUUCAACUUCAACAGACAUUAUUCUCUAUGAAAGCAAUACAAAAGCAAUGUGAAACACUACAGAAGAAUAAGAAGCAGCUGAAACAAGAAGUAGUAAACCUCAAAAGUUAUAUGGAAAGAAAUAUGUUAGAAAGUGGUGAAGCUGAAUGGCAUAAACUGUUGAUUGAAGAAAGAGCAAGGAAGGAGAUAGAAGAAAAAUUAAACGAAGUCAUUCUCACUUGCAGAUGCAGCAGAAGUUGCAAAAUGAUCUAACUGCAGAAGUAGCAGCUGCUACUAAAUAUGAACCUGGAUCCUAUAUAGCUUCUCCUCUAGGAUUUACACACAAGGAAAAUCUGAAUCAAGAUCCAGUUUUGGAAGUAACAAAAGAAUAUGCACAGAUUUUAAGAAGAAAAUACAUACUCUGAAAGAUAAGGCAAUUUUAUUUGGGCUAUUCACAUGAUAUUUUGUUUCCCAUUAAAUAUAUGAUGUGAACAUUUUUACUAAAGGGAAAUAUUCUAUAUUAUACAUGUCUGAUGAAAAUUUAUAUAGUAUUUUAAAUAAUGUUUCUUGGCCUCUUCAGCUAACUUUUAAGUGGAUUUUGCAAAUGAAAACCAGUAUUACUGAGUUUUACAUACUCGAACUGCCCAAAUGUUAGCUGUUUAAACAGCCAAAUAAUCAAGUUGCCAUUAAUAAUUUAGUGGAGCCAAUUGAUGGCUUGUUUGUAUUUUAUAAUUUUAUCUUUAUACAUAGUGAUAGAUUUAAGUUUAGAUAGACAUCAUUUUGGUAUACUGGUACUGUGGUCAUUGUCAAUGUUUGGAUGUAUUACGAUUGUUAUAGUGCAAUCAAACUUAGAUAAUUUUAAUUUUAAGCACUGAUUUAUUUAGAUCUUUCCUUGUGGAAAAAUAAGGUUUGCCUAAGGCUUUUUGCUUUUUUAUUUAUUGUUUCAUUUCUUUAUUAGAUUAACUUUUGGGAAACAGUCUUAAAAUUGGAGAAAAUUUCCACAUUUUAGGAAAAACAGCUUUCCCCCUGUGGGCCAUUUGAGAGUAAAUUGCUGACAUUAUGCCAUCACAUCUGGUAUGUGGGUAUUCCCACAAGUCAGGACAUUUUAUAUAACUACUUCAUAAUCAGAAAGUUAACAUCAAUACACUUGAUCAUUUCAUUCUCA